AUGAAGUCACUCGCCGCCCUCCUCUCGCUCGCGGGCUCCCUGGCCUCGGUGUCUGCCUUGGCUGUUGACACCGGCCUCAUCCCAGCCGGCGCCUCAAUCACACCGUCACGGUUCGAAGUUCUCAAACAGCGUGCCCCCAAGCUGAAGAAAUGCAGCAAAACGGACGAUUGGGGCAACGCUGUUGAGGGCGACCGCACCAAGAUCACGAUCCGUGCGUCCAAGGAUGACAACGACGACAUCAGUGAGGACUUCUUGUGGGCCAUCAAGGAAGCCAACAAUGGGGGUUUGUUGCACCUGGAAAAGGGGAAGAAGUAUGUCAUUGGGAAGAAGUUGGACUUGAGCUUCUUGAAUGACGUGUAUGUUAAGAUUGACGGGGAGUUGAAGUUCACCAACGACAUCGAGUACUGGCAAAGCAACAACUUCUACUAUGACUUCCAAAAGAGCAUCACCUUUUGGGUGUGGGGUGGAAAGGACAUCAAGAUCUACGGAUCGGGGACCCUCAACGGAAACGGCCAGGCGUGGUGGGACGGUUUCUCGGGCGCCGAGAUCCUCGACCCAAACAACACGUACUACCGUCCCAUUCUCUUCCUGACAGACAACGCCACCAACAUCGAGGUCAAGGGCUUGCAUCUCAAGGAUUCACCGUGCUGGACCAACUUUUUCGUCCGUUCCAACAACGUCGUGUUCGACGACGUCUACAUCUCCGCCGUGUCCACCAACGUUUCCAGCCUCCCCAAAAACACCGACGGCUUCGACUCCCUCAACGUAGCCGGCCUCACCGUGCUCAACACCCGCGUCAACGUGGGCGACGACUGUUUCUCCCCGAAACCCAACACCACAGACAUUCUCGUCCGCAAUCUCUGGUGCAACGGCACCCACGGCGUGAGCAUGGGCAGCAUCGGCCAGUACCCGGGAGUCAAAGACUACAUCUCCAACGCCUACCUGCAAAACAUCACGCUCCUCAACGGCCAGAACGGCGCGCGUCUCAAGGCGUGGGCCGGUCCCGGGGUAGGGUACGGGUACAUCUCGAAUAUCACGUACGAGGAUAUCCACGUGGAGAAUACCGACCACCCGAUUGUGCUGGAUCAGUGUUAUUUCGAUAUUGACGCGGAGCAGUGCGCGCAGUAUCCGAGUAAGGUGGAUAUUACGGAUGUGAAGUUUAUUAAUGUGCAUGGGUCAAGCAGUGGGUUGGAAGGAAGGGUUGUGGCCGACUUGACGUGCUCGCCGGGGGCGACGUGCAGUGGGAUUCAUUUGGAGCGGAUUGAUAUCACGAGUCCGAAGGGUGAGCCUCAGAUUGUGUGCGAGAAUAUUCAGGGGGAUAUUGGCGUGGAUUGCAUCUCGAAGGAGGAGGCUGGGAACUGA